CAGCGGCUGCACCCCGACCCACCUCCCCUGGCAGCUCCUUCCAGGGGGAUGCAUUCAAUAAACCGGCUGUCAGGAUGACAGUAUAUGGGAGCGGAUGAGUCACAGUAUUCCUGUCAGGAGGAGAGCUGCAAUAACCACACUCCAUCUGUGCAGGCAGGCAGCAGCGACUGCUGAGCUACAAAUCCUCAAGCACAAGAUGGAUCCAGCGAAGGAACCUUCUCCAUUCGACAUCUACAACUAUGCAUACGAUUACUACGACCUAGAGGAAACCCCGCAUGGCGCCACACAGCCGCACGCACUCCAUGUAGCGUCUAUUGUCAUCUACUCGCUGGCAUUCCUUCUAGGAGUGCCCGGAAAUGCCAUGGUUAUCUGGUUCACUGGUUUCAAAUGGGAGAAAACAGUCGGCACCCUCUGGUUCCUCAAUCUGGCCGUUGCGGAUCUGAUCUUUGUGUUAUUUUUGCCUCUACACAUCACGUACGUGGCCACGAACUUCCACUGGCCUUUUGGGAAGAUACUCUGCAAGGUCAAUUCUUUCAUUGCCAUCCUCAACAUGUUCGCCAGCGUCUUCUUCCUCGCCCUCAUUUGUCUGGACAGGUACAUGCUCUUGUCCUGGCCCAACUUCGCACAGAGACAUCGGACACUGAGCAAGUCGGGCAUCGUUAGCGGGAUUGUGUGGCUGACGGCCACGUUUAUUGCCAGCCCUGCUUUGUACUACAGAGACACAGAGAUCAUCAAGUCCAGCACCAUCUGCUUCAACAACUUCCACGAAUCCAAUCUUUCCAUCAUCAUAAGGACCCACAUAUCCCUUACGUUGACCCGGUUCUUCGUUGGCUAUCUCUUCCCGUUGCUGACCAUGAUCGUCUGCUACACAAUUCUGUCGAUCAGGAUGAAGAGAAAGAGCACACAAGCCAACAGUAAGUUCUUCUGGAUGGUGCUGGCCAUUGUGGUGGCAUUUUUCCUUUGUUGGACCCCUUACCACAUACUAAGCCUUAUGGAGCUGAGGGCCCACGAGGACGAGGCGUAUCACGAUUGGCUGAGGGUCGGAAUGCCCAUUUCAACGAGUAUGGCCUUCGUCAACAGCUGCAUUAACCCGAUCCUUUAUGUUCUGAUAAGCAAAGUGUUCAGGACACGCUUAGGUGCCUCGGUAGCAGAAAUAUUCAAGCACACUAUACGGGACAUCAGCCAGACAGGCGUUAAAAGUGAGCAGCUUGUGGAUUCCGAGAAUAAUCCCACAGUCUGCGAAACAGUCUCUUGAAAUAUAAUUUUGACCACCCGUCUAUACCCCAGUGUCAGCAUGUUCCAGUGCCCCCUAGCGGCUGACUGAGAAAGGAUUAAUAUCCUACCGGCCCUGGGAUCUCUCUUUAUAUGAGGUCUGUUCAUGAUCAGUUAUUUACUAACACAACAGAAUACACUCUAUCAGGGUAGGCAAUGCUUAGCACGCCAGAUGCUGUGGGAACUACAAAUCCCAGCAUUCCUUGUCAUAUCUUUAGCAUGCUCUUAUAGAAAAACUGUCAGGGCUUGAUGGGAGUUGUAGUUCCACACGUUGCUUGCACAUACACUAUAUUACUGCACUCACUGCUUGCUUACAUUCCAAUCUUCCAAAAGGGCUGGAAGAAAAUCUCUGGUGAUGCUGGGGGCAAGGACAGUGAACAUGGUAAAGCCACGUCGGUGGUGCCACGUUUGGUGGCAGGGUUCCUAAUGCUGGUUCCCAGUUUCCCCAUGCUACAGUAUACAGUAUGUUACUUUUUAGUAAAUAACAUUAGAAGGGAUAAAGCUUUUAAUUCACCAUUCUUCAUAAAACAGAUCUGUAGUGAAGAUUUUAUUUCUAUUGUUCUUAAUGAUUGUACAGUUAUCACAUUUAAUAUUAAAAUACUAUAUAUGUUAAAUCAAUUGCCAGCUUUAUGUAUAAAUAUAUAUACACAAAUAGAAUUAAUUUUGCAACAGACCCUUUGUAAAUAAGUAUCUCAUUCUUACUUUGUUAUAAAUCUCACUGUGUACGCACACAAAGUGCGGCUGCUGUGCGUCCGGACACAGCACAGGGCUUCAGCCUGCGAACGCAGCAUCCAGGUCUGAAUUGAGCCCAAUGUGGCUUGUAGUCUUUCUCCACGUGUUGUACCCCCCCCCCUUUUUUUCUGUACAUCAUACUUCCUCUUUCUCUUACGUCCUAGAGGAUGCUGGGGACUCCGUAAGGACCAUGGGGUAUAGAUGGGCUUUGCAGGAGACAUGGGCACUAUAAAGAACUUACAAUGGGUUUGCAAUGGGUGUGCACUGGCUCCUCCCUCUAUGCCCCUCCUCCAGUUAGAUCCUGUGCCCAGAGGAGACUGGGUGCACUACAGAGGAGCUCUCCUGAGCUUCUCUGCAAAAGAAUUUUGUUAGUUUUUUUAUUUUCAGGGAGCACUGCUGGCAACAGGCUCCCUGCGUCAUGGGACUGAGGAGAGAGAAGCAGACCUACUUAAAUGAUAGGCUCUGCUUCUUAGGCUACUGGACACCAUUAGCUCCAGAGGGAGUCGGAACGCAGGUCUCACCCUCGCCGUUCGUCCCGGACCCGUGCCGCCGUCCCCACGCAGAGCCGGAUGAUAGAAGCCGGGUGAGUAUAUGAAGAAAGAAGACUUCAAAGGCGGCUGAAGACUUCAGAUCUUCUAUGAGGUAACACGCAACGGUUAGGUGCAGGGCGCAGGGGGGGCUACCUGGGCAGCAAUAAACCUCUAGGACUGGCUCAUAGGAAUAUAUAGGCUGCGGAGGCAAUACCCCCGCCAGUAUAAAUAAAUUUGAGCGGGACCGAAGCCCGCCGCUGAGGGGGCGGAGCUUGAUCUCACAGCACUAACCAGCGCCAUUUUCUUCCACAGCACACUGCAGAAACUGGCUCCCCGGACUCUCCCCUGCUGAACACGUUGACAGAGGGCACAAAAGAGGGGGGGGGGGGGCACUUGUAAGGCGCAAGUGCCCACUUAUCGGGGGAACUGUCUCCAUACAUACAUAUAUCUCCUAUAUAAUAGCCCAGAUCUGUGACUUUGUGAUUCAUUUGCUAACGCUGGGCGGAGUCACAACACUGGGCGGAGUUAGUCAAAUGAGUCACAGAUCUGGCCAAAUCUACAGGAGACUAGGAGCAGAAGCAGAUAGUAUGGGCAUGGCACAGGCAGGGGUGCACACCUCCCAGCUUUCUGCAGGAGCUUUCUCCAGGCAGAAGGAGGGACACACUCGGCGAAAAGGGGGCGUGGCUUCACGGGAGGGCUCCCGUUUUCGUCAGUGAGGGGGCAUGCCCAGCGCUCUAUGAGCUGCUGGCAUGCCCCCAGGGGCUGAUUAUGAGUCCGGGGGGGCCAGGGCACUUGAGACAGGGGGGCCCUAUCUCAUUGCUGUGCCUGCUGUGGGCGUGGCCUAAUCGCGGAAUGCGCGGCCACGCCCCCUUAUGCAAAUUCCGAUUUUUAUUUUUUUAAUGGGAUUUUGGCCCCUCAGCUAGGGGUAAAUCCAGAGGAGGUGGUCGCUCCCCCCUACACACCCGCACAGGCAGAAGAAAGCAGGGAGACUGCUGCCUCCCUGCAACACCACAGACCUGCCAAUACGCAGCAGCGUGUGCUGACUGUAGCACAAUGCUGCCGUUGUUGCUGGCAGUACGGGGGGGAGCUUCUGAGCUGGGACAGAGCUACUCCAGCCGGGGGGGCCCCUAAAACUGUGGGGCACACGGUAUGUACCCCCUGCCCCCCCACCUUAAUCCGGCUCUGCUGCUGGAACCCCCCCUUAAUCCGUACCCCCUAAUGCCCCCUCUCCCUCUGUCUCCACUAUUCACCGCUGCUCUGCUAAGCAGAACAGCGAGUACAGGAGCUUUCCAACUGCCCCCCCCCCCCCCCCCCACCGCGGGACACUGCGACACGCGGGUGGGACAGCGGGACAGACCCCAAAAAAUGGGACUGUCCCGCGAAAAUCUGGACAUUUGGGAGGUAUGGGGGUGUGUGAGGGGUAUGUCAUACAGACAGACGGGCACCGGCUCACUGUGUGCUUGAUCCCCCACAUCGGCAUACUCAGCAGGGUCUCUCUGGCGCGGAGGAGCGUCACUUUCUGGCACACUCCACGCUUCUUAGCUGCAGUUUUGUGGGGCACCUGCCGCUGUGCAGGUUCCGUACUGCCUCUGUUAUCUCCAGCCCCGGCAACCCCACCGCUAGCUGCAGCGCUGCCACCCGCAGUGAGGUGCGCCCAGCUCCUUCACACACUUUAGCUGGUGGGUAGCGCUGCAGAAAUCCGAGCUGCUUGCAGGCUCCGACCAACUUCUCCCUCCAGCCGCAGCGUCUCCUGGGAGCUAACCAGUCACUCCCAGUCUCCCCUUACCACAGUGCCCGGCAGCCGCGAAGUCCGCGCCACGUGCAUGCUAUGACCCCCUCCUCCCUCCAGCUGCAGCAUCUCCUGGGGGCUAACCAGUCAUUUCCAGUCUCACCUUACCACAGUGCCCGGCAGCUGCGCGAGGUCUGCGGUGUGUGACUGAGGAGGGGGGGAGGGAUGCGGACGGGCAGAGGAAGCAGGACUCCAGCCUGAGAGAGUCAGCCAUGCCAAGUCUCCAGCAGCAGCAGAUCCCAACAGGUUGGAGUGGAACAGCAGCAGCCAGCAGCAGUGACUCCGGUAAGACACAUCUGUCUGUCACCACUGUUUUGUCCCUAAUACCAAUCUCUCCCGUUCCCUGUGUUCUGUCAUGUCCCUGUCACCCCUGGCCUUGCCCUGCCACCCUUAUCCUGGCCCUUUCACCCUUAUCCUGGCCCUUUCACCCUUAUCCUGGCCCUGUCACCCUUAUGCUGGCCCUGUCACCCUUAUGCUGGCCCUGUCACCCCUGUGCUUGCCCUGUCAACCCUAUACUGGCCCCGUCACCCCUGUCCUGGUCCUGCCGCCCCUACCCUGGCCCUGUCACCCCUAUCCUGUCCCUGUCAUUUCUGUCCUGGCCCCGUCGCCCCUGUCCUGGCCCCGUCACCCCUGUUCUGACCCUGUCACCCCUGUCCUGGCCCUGUCAACCCUGUUCUGACCCUGUCACCCCUGUCCUGGCCCUGUUACUGCAUACCCUCCAACUACCCUUUAUGGCAUGUACAGUACCCGCAGCGCCUCCAGACCUCUCCCCAAUGCACCACACCUCCGCACCUUCCCCUCCACCACAUGCGGCACUCCACCCCUCCCCCACAUGCUGUGCCUCCAGACCCCCUACACCACCCGCAGCUCCCACUCCUCCGCCCCUUCACCACCCGCAGCACCUCCAGGCCCCCUCCACCAUUCACCCCCCUUAUAUGUCUCCCCCCACACCUGCCCCCCUCCACCCGCAGCAUCUGCAGACACCCUCCUCCAUCUGCGGUCCCCCCCUCACCCACCAACGGCACCCCCGCACCUGCCCCUCCACCACCUCCGGACCUCCUUUCCCAUCCGCCGCACCACCCGUACCUGCCCCUACCCUACCCAUGGUGCCUGCGGUCCCCUACCCCACCCCCGGCACUCCCGUCCCUUCCCAUCCCACAGCACCUCCGGAACCCUUCACCCAUCCACAACGUCCCCACACCUGCCCCUCUCCCACCCGUGGCACCCCUGCCCCUUCCCCACCUGCAGUGCCUCCGGACCCCUCCCCCAUCUGCAUCCCCCACUCUUCUGCCCCUCCCCCACCCGCAGCACCUCCCGAACCGUCCCCAUCCGGGCCCCACCCCCACUUCUGCCCCCCCUCCACCCGCAGCAUCUACAGACACCAUCCGCAGUCCUCCCCGCACCCGCUACAUUCUGUACAUCGUGCCCUGCAGGUGCUGUUCACGCCGUCGCAAGGGGCUGCGCCUCCUUCACCAUCGCGCGCCCUUUCAUUGUGCAAUAUUUAACCACUAACAAAGGAAUGCAGGUAAUACUCCGUAUAAUACAAAUAUUAAACCCCAGAAAGGCAUGCAAGGGUUAAGGGGGUGUAGCCCCUUGCGACGGUGUGAAGAGCGCCCGUAGGGCGCGAUGAAGCACCUAGUAUAUAUAUAUAUAUAUAUAUACAAUCCCUGUGUGUGUGUGGGGUGUCGGUACGCCUGUGUCGGCAUGUCUGAGGCGGAAGGCUCUUCUAGAGAGGAGGUGGAGCAGAUGAUUGUGGUGUCUCCGUCGGCAACGCCGACACCUGAUUGGUUGGACAUGUGGACUGUUUUAAAUGCAAAUGUGACCUUGUUACAUAAGAGAUUGGACAAAGCAGAGUCCAGGGAUAAUACGGGGAGUCAAUCAAUGGCGUUGACGGUGUCACAGGGCCCUUCUGGGUCUCAAAAACGUCCCCUAUCCCAAUUAGCAGACACUGAUACCGACACAGAUUCUGACUCCAGUGUCGACUACGAUGAUGCAAGGCUACACCCAAGGGUGGCCAAAAGUAUUCAUUAUAUGAUUAUUGCAAUAAAAGUUGUAUUUGUAUUAACCAAACUGCACCAUCAUACAUCUCCUCACUCAUCUCAAAAUAUCUCCCUACCAGACCUCUCCGCUCUGCACAAGAUCUGCGUCUCUCAUUCACAUGUAUUACCUGUUCCCACUCAAAAUUACAGGACUUUACCCGGGCUUCACCCACUCUGUGGAAUGCACUCCCACGCACAAUAAGACUCUCCUCUAGUCUCCAAACCUUUAAACGUUCUCUGAAAACUCAUCUCUUCAGACAAGCCUACCAAAUUUCUGACCCACACACAUAACCUUCACAGCUUCCCUAUCAAGUUACAUCCCCUCUGUACAGUCCACAUAAACUCACAUUUUGUCUUCCAACAUUGCUGGGUGAUCAUAUCAUAUACAACCCAUUAAGAACCUAGCAACCUGGGGAACCAUUAUGUGACAAGUAGCAUCUAUCCUUGUGUAUCAAUGCCUAUUUCCCUAUAGAUUGUAAGCUCGCGAGCAGGGCCUUCCUACCUCUGUCUGUCUGUCUGUCUUUACCCAGUUUUGUUCUAUAAUUGUUGUUCUAAUUGUAAAGCGCAACGGAAUAUGCUGCGCUAUAUAAGAAACUGCUAAUAAAUAAAUAAAUAAUAAUAUUUGCAUAUCACAGAUGACCCCUCUGUCACUGACACGAGGGUACACAUGUUUAAGGAAAAGAAACCUGAGGUAACAUUUCCCCCAUCUCAUGAGCUGAAUGCGUUAUUUGAAAAAGCUUGGGAAACUCCAGACAAAAAAACUGCAGAUUCCCAAAAGAGUUCUUAUGGCGUAUCCUUUCCCGGCACAGGACAGGGUACGGUGGGAAUCCUCGCCCAGAGUGGACAAAGCUUUGACGCGCUUAUCCAAAAAGGUGGCGCUACCGUCCCCAGACACGGCAGCUCUUAAAGAUCCUGCUGAUCGCAGACAGGUAACGACUUUAAAAUCAAUUUAUACACAUACUGGUGCGUUACUCAGACCGGCUAUAGCAUCGGCUUGGGUCUGUAGCGCGGUAGCAGCUUGGACAGAUACCUUGUCAGCUGAUCUUGAUACCCUAGAUAGGGAUGCCAUUUUGUUGACCUUAGGUCACAUCAAGGACGCAGUCUUAUAUAUGAGAGACGCUCAGAGAGACGUCGGACUACUACGGUCAAGGGCCAACGCGAUGGCGGUCUCGGCUAGGUGAGCACUGUGGACCCGCCAAUGGACGGAUGAUGCCGACUCAAAGAGGCAUAUGGAAGUUUUACCUUACAAGGGUAAGGUUUUAUUUGGGGAAGGUCUCGCGGACCUAGUUUCCACAGCUACCGCGGGUAAAUCUACCUUUUUGCCUUAUGUUCCCCCACAGCAAAAGAAGACUCCUCAGUAUCAGAUGCAAUCCUUUCGGUCGCAUAAGUCCAGAAGAGGUAGGGGCUCUUCCUUCCUCGCCAGAGGUAAGGGUAGAGGGAAAAGAAUGCCUGCUACGGCCAGUUCCCAGGAACAGAAGUCCUCCCCGGCUUCUACUAAAUCCACCGCAUGACGCUGGGGCUCCACUGAGGGGGGCCGCACCGGUGGGGGCACGUCUUCGACUCUUCAGCCACGUCUGGGUUCAGUCGGACGUGGAUCAUUGGGCGAUGGAAAUUGUAUCCCAGGGCUACAAGCUGGAAUUUGAAGACGUGCCUCCUCGCCGAUUCUUCAAAUCGGCUUUACCAGCUUCUCCCCCAGAGAGGGAGAUAAUUUUAGCUGCAAUUCAAAAGCUGUGUCAACAGCAAGUGAUUAUCAAGGUUCCCCUAACACAAGAGGGGAAAGGGUACUAUUCAACCCUAUUUGUGGUCCCGAAACCGGAUGGCUCGGUCAAACCCAUUCUAAAUCUAAAAUCCCUGAACCUGUUCUUAAAAAGGUUCAAGUUAAAGAUGGAAUCGCUCAGGGCAGUCAUCUCCAGCUUAGAAGGAGGGGAUUUUAUGGUGUCAUCGGACAUAAAUGAUGCAUACCUUCACGUCCCCCAUAUAUCCUCCUCAUCAGGCAUACCUGAGAUUCGCUGUACAGGACUGUCAUUACCAGUUUCAGACGUUGCCGUUUGGGCUUUCCACGGCCCCGAGGGUGUUCACCAAGGUAAUUGCGGAAAUUAUGGUGCUCCUACGCAGGCAAGGAGUCACAAUUAUCCCGUACUUGGACGAUCUCCUGAUAAAGCGAGAUCAAAGGAACAGUUGCAGAAAAGUGUGUAGCUCUCCCUGGGAGUGCUACAGCAACAUGGAUGGAUUCGAAAUCUACCAAAGUCGCAGUUGGUCCCAACGACUCGGCUGUCUUUCUUAGGCAUGAUUAUGGACACAGAACAAAAGAGGGUUUUUCUCCCGAGGGAAAAAGCCCAGGAACUCCAGAACAUGGUAAGAGACUUGUUGAAACCGAAAAAGAGUGUCAGUCCAUCAGUGCACUCGAGUACUGGGGAAAAUGGUGGCGACCUACGAGGCCAUCCCCUUCGACAGGUUUCAUGCAAGGACUUUUCAGUGGGACCUUCUGGACAAGUGGUCCGGGUCACACCUUCAAAUACAUCAGAAAAUAACUCUGUCCCCCAGGGCCAGGGUGUCUUUCCUGUGGUGGCUCCAGAGUGCUUACCUUCUAGAGGGUCGCAGGUUCGGCAUUCAGGACUGGGUUCUGAUGACCACCGACGUGAGCCUCCGAGGUUGGGGAACAGUCACACAAGGAAGGAAUUUUCAGGGACUGUGGUCAAGCCAGGAGGCUUGUCUGCACAUCAACAUACUGGAAUUGAGGGCCAUAUACAACGGCCUAUGACAAGCGGCGAAUAUUAUUCGCAACCUACCGGUUCUGAUUCAGUCAGACAACGUCACAGCCGUGGCUCAUGUAAACCGCCAAGGCGGGACAAGGAGCAGAGUGGCAAUGGCGGAAGCCACCAGGAUUCUGCGCUGGGCAGAAAAUCACGUAAGCGCUCUGUUAGCGGUAUUCAUUCCAAUUGGGAAGCAGACUUCCUCAGCAGACACGAUCUCCAUCCAGGAGAGUGGGGACUUCAUCAAGAAGUUUUUGCAGAGAUAACAAGUCUUUGGGGACUUCCUCAAAUAGACAUGAUGGCGUCACGCCUCAACAAGAAGCUUCGGAGGUAUUGUGCCAGGUCAAGGGACCCUCAGGCAGUAGCGGUGGACGCUCUCGUGACACCAUGGGUGUUUCAGUCGGUCUAUGUGUUCCCUCCUCUUCCUCUCAUCUCAAAGAUACUGAGAAUCAUAAAGCGAAAAAGAGUGCAGACAAUACUCAUUGUUCCAGAUUGGCCUCGAAGGGCCUGGUAUUCAGAUCUUCAGGAGCUGCUCACAGAAGAUCCAUGGCCUCUUCCUCUCAGAGAGGACCUGUUACAGCAGGGGCCCUGCGUGUUUCAAGACUUACCGCGGUUACGUUUGACGGCAUGGCGGUUGAACGCCAAAUCCUAGCUGGGAAGGGUAUUCCGGAGGAAGUCAUCCCUACUCUGAUAAAAGCUAGGAAGGAGGUGACGGCGAAACAUUAUCACCGUGUCUGGAGGAAGUAUGUUUCUUGGUGUGAAGCCAAGAAUGCUCCUACGGAAGACUUCCACUUGGGCCGGUUUCUCCACUUUCUACAGACUGGAGUGGAUAUGGGCCUAAAGUUGGGCUCCAUUAAAGUACAGAUUUCGGCCCUUUCUAUAUUCUUCCAGAAAGAAUUGGCUUCUCUCCCAGAAGUCCAGACUUUUGUAAAGGGAGUGCUGCACAUUCAGCCUCCUUUUGUGCCCCCAGUGGCACCAUGGGACCUUAACGUGGUGUUACAGUUCCUAAAAUCUCACUGGUUUGAGCCUCUUCAAACUGUUGAGUUAAAAUUUUUCACUUGGAAGGUGGUCAUGUUGUUGGCCUUGGCAUCUGCAAGGCGGGUGUCCGAAUUGGGGGCCUUGUCUCAUAAGAGCCCCUAUCUCAUUUUCCAUGUGGAUAGAGCAGAGUUGAGGACUCGUCCUCAAUUUUUGCCUAAGGUGGUGUCAUCGUUUCAUAUGAACCAACCUAUUGUGGUGCCUGUGGCUACAGGAGAUUUGGAGGAUUCCAAAUCCCUUGAUGUAGUUAGGGCCUUAAAGAUUUACGUAGCCAGGACGGCUCGAAUUAGGAAAACAGAAGCUCUGUUUGUCCUGUAUGCAGCCAACAAGGUUGGCGCUCCUGCUUCUAAGCAGACUAUUGCUCGCUGGAUCUGCAACACGAUUCAGCAGGCUCAUUCUACGGCUGGAUUGCCGGUACCAAAUUCGGUAAAGGCCCAUUCCACUAGGAAGGUGGGCUCUUCUUGAGCGGCUGCCCGAGGCGUCUCGGCUAUACAGCUUUGCCGAGCAGCUACUUGGUCGGGUUCAAACACUUUUGCUAAAUUCUACAAGUUUGAUACCUUGGCUGAGGAGGACCUCAUGUUUGCUCAAUCGGUGCUGCAGAGUCAUCAGCACUCUCCCGCCCGGUUUGGAGCUUUGGUAUAAUCCCCAUGGUCCUUACGGAGUCCCCAGCAUCCUCUAGGACGUAAGAGGAAAUAAGAUUUUAAACCUACAGGUAAAUCUUUUUCUCCUAGUCCGUAGAGGAUGCUGGGCGCCCGUCCCAGUGCGGACAACAUUCUGCAGGACUUGUAUAUAGUUCUUGCUUACAUAAGGGUUAUGUUACAGUUAAGAUCAGUCGCUGACUGAUACUGUUUGUUCAUACUGUUAACUGGUUGCGUAUAUUCCAGGUUAUACGGUGUGGAUGGUGUGGGCUGGUAUGAAUCUUGCCCUUAGGUUACCAAAAUCCUUUCCUCGUACUGUCCGUCUCCUCUGGGCACAGUUUCUAUAACUGAGGUCUGGAGGAGGGGCAUAGAGGGAGGAGCUAGUGCACACCCAUUCUAAAGUUCUUUAUAGUGCCCAUGUCUCCUGCAGAGCCCGUCUAUACCCCAUGGUCCUUACGGAGUCCCCAGCAUCCUCUACGGACUAGGAGAAAAAGAUUUACCGGUAGGUUUAAAAUCUUAUUUUUAAACCACUGGAUAAAUAAUUGAAUUCUUGGAAAAAAAAUAGGAUUUUGGUACUUACCAGGUAAAUCCUUUUCUUUGAAUCCAUAGGGGGCACUGGAGUACUCUUGGGAUAUGGACGGGCUUCCGCAGGAAACAGCACUGAAUAUUUAAAUUAGUAACACUCCACCCCUCCAUAUCCCUGAGCACUUACUCAGUGUUUUUUACUGAGCCGAACAGGAAUUAAGAGAGGUUAAUAAUGGAGUAUUACACAUAACAUAACUGACAAUAACGAAGUUAACACAUAACGUUACUGACAACUAACAGUUGACACCCUAACCAGCACUUGUAACUUGAACCAGCCGGUGAAAGUGUGUUACCAUAAGAUCCUCAGAACUAACCACAAGUAGGUAAAACUGCUCUGGGUGGGCGUCCAGUGCCCCCUAUGGAUUCAAAGAAAAGGAUUUACCUGGUAAGUACCAAAAUCCUAUUUUCUUUAUCAUCCACUAGGGGUCACUGGAGUACUCUUGGGACGUACCAAAGCUUCCCCCGUGGGCGGGAGAGCUGUUUGGCACUUGUAAAACUAGGCGGCCAAAGCUAGAUGCUGAUGCCGCAAAAGUAUCAAACUUGUAAAAGCGCACAAACGUGUGCACGGAAGACCAUGUAGCCGCCCGGCAAAGCUGCGUCGCAGAAGCCCCACGACCAGCUGCCCAUGAAGUUCCCACAGAACGUGUGGAAUGAGCGGUUACUGACGUAGGCGGUUGUAACCUAGCAUGAAGGUAAGCCUGGCGUAUGGUCAGUUUUAUCCAUCUGGAUAAAGUUUGUUUAGAUGCUGGCCAACCCAUCUUGGCAGCAUCAUAGAGAACAAAUAACGUAUCCGUCUUACGAACUGAAGACGUUCGGGAUACAUAAACGCGUAAUGCGCGAACCACAUCCAGAGUUCCAGAAUGUGCUGUCAACACAGGAACUACUAUUGGUUGAUUGAUGUGAAAAGAUGACACUACCUUUGGUAAGAAGGCGGGAUUCGUCCGAAGUUCCGCUCUGUCAUCAUGAAACACCAAAUACGGUGGCUUGCAUGACAAGGCACCCAAAUCCGAAACACGCCUUGCGGAAGCUAAGGCUAAGAGAAAAAUUGUUUUCCAAGUGAGAAACUUUAUAUCCACUUGUUGUAAGGGUUCAAAAUAUGAAGACUGUAAGAACUCCAAAACCAGAUUCAAGUCCCAUGGCGCUGUAGGUGGUAUGAAUGGAGGCUGUACCCUGAGUACACCUUGGAGAAAAGUGCGUAUAGACGGCAAUAGAGCCAAUCGUCUUUGAAAGUAAAUUGACAAAGCAGAUACCUGCACCUUUAGUGUAGAUAAACGCAAUCCUCCAUCUAAGCCUGUUUGUAGAAACAACAAAAGGCGGCAUAACUUGAAAGCUGAUGUCGGAAAUUUCCGAGCUUCACACCAACCUAUAUAGGCACGCCAUAUUCUGUAAUAAUGAGCUGCCAUAACCGGCUUUCUAGCUCGUAACAUGGUUGGUAUAACUGAAUCUGGAAUGCCCUCUCUUCUUAAGAGGGUGGUCUCAACAGCCACCCCGUCAAACGCAGCCGCGCUAAAUCGGGGUAAAGAAACGGACCCUGUUGUAACAGGUCUGGACGUAUCGGGAGCGGCCACGGAUCGUCUGCGAGUAAUCCUCGGAGAUCCGAGAACCAAGCUCUCCGAGGCCAAUGAGGCGCCACUAGUAUGACUGUGAGCGACUCUCUUUUGAUCCGUUUUAGCACCAGAGGGAGCAGCGGAAACGGUGGAAACAGAUACACAAGACUGUACGGCCACGCGACAGUGAGAGCAUCCACCGCGACUGCCUUUGGAUCUCUUGUUCUGGACACAUACUGGGGCGUUUGAUGAUUGUGUCGAGAUGCCAUCAGGUCCACCUGAGGAUAACCCCAUCGCUGAACCAACAUGUGAAACACUUCUGGAUUUAAUGACCAUUCGCCUGGGUGAAAAUCCCGACGACUGAGAUAAUCCGCUUCCCAGUUGUCCACUCCCGGAAUGAACACGGCCGACAAUAUCACCUGGUGGCAUUCCGCCCAAUUGAGGAUUCGAGCUACUUCCCGCAUUGCCAUGCGGCUUCUCGUUCCUCCUUGUUUGUUGAUGUAUGCGACCGCCGUCGCAUUGUCUGACUGCACUUGGACAGGCUGAGAGCGAAUCAUGUGCACUGCUUGUCGUAGCGCAUUGUAAAUUGCGCGGAGUUCUAGAACAUUUAUAGACAGCAAUUUCUCGUGAUCCGCCCAGAGACCCUGGAGCUGACAAUUUUGAAUUACCGCUCCCCAACCUCUGAGACUGGCGUCCGUAGUUAGAAUUAUCCAAUUGCAAACUCCGAACCGUCUUCCUGCGGUUAAAUUGUGUUCCUUGAGCCACCAUAGCAGAGAAACUCUUGCUAUUGGUGACAACCUCACUCUGUGGUGAAUCUGCAGAUGCGAGCCCGACCACUGGGCAAGCACGUUCAGCUGAAAUGGACGAGAGUGAAAUCUUCCGAACUGAAGCGCCUCGAAAGCUGCCACCAUUGUGCCUAACAGGCGAAUGCACAAGUGUACCGACACUGUGCGUGGUUUGAGUACUAAUCGUACUAGAUGGCGUAGCAUUUGUACUUUUUGUUGUGGUAGGUAAAUCCUUUGAUUGACCGUAUCGAGAAUCAUACCUAGGAACUGAAGGCGUUGAGACGGAAUCAGAUGUGAUUUCUUGAAAUUUACAAUCCAACCGUGGUGAACCAGUACAUUGUAAGUUAGCAGCGCAUGUUGGGUAAGUAUCUGUGGAGACGGAGCUUUGAUGAGCAGAUCGUCUAAAUACGGAACUAUUGUCACUCCCAGGGAUCUGAGGUGAGCUAUCAUCACAGACAUUACUUUGGUGAAUACCCGAGGCGCUGAUGACAGGCCAAACGGCAGAGCCUGAAACUGGUAAUGGUUCUGGCGUAUUGCAAAUCGUAAGAAUUUCUGAUGAGGCUGCCAAAUUGGAAUGUGUAAGUACGCAUCCUUGAGGUCUAGCGCAAUCAUAAAUUCCUUGGUCUCUAACCCCGCAAUCACCGACCGUAGAGACUCCAGUUUGAAUCUGUAGUAAGUUACGUACUGAUUGAGGCCCUUUAAGUUCAAUAUUGGUCUGACUGAGCCAUCCGGCUUCGGGACCACAAAUAGACUUGAAUAAUAACCCUGACCCUGUUGGUGUACAGGGACCGGAAUCAACACUGCCGAAUCCAGUAAGGACUGAAUGGCAAUUUGCAAAACUGUCCUCUUGUCGUCCGACAGAGGCAAGCCUGUCUUGAAAAACCGCAGAGGCGGCAGACAGUCGAACUCUAUUUUGUAACCUUUUAACACUAAAUUGCGAAUCCAGCCCUCCGCGGAUGUGUGGAACCACGCCCCAUGGAACGUCUGAAGGCGUGCUCCCACAGUUGGAGAACCGAGAUGGGCUGGUAGGCCGUCAUGCCACUGGCUUGUCGGUAACCUUAGCGUCUUGGCGAGUUGUGUUGGUUUGAUGGAAACCACGUCCUCGACCACGUCUAGCAGGCGUGGCUGAUCCUCUGCCACGUCCUCGAAAGGGCUGAGAUCUAAAGGAUUUGAACGAAGGUCCAGCGUACCUUCUUCUUGGCGCAGGUGGAGGCACUGGUAAGAACACAGACUUACCUCCCGUAGCCUCCUUAAUCCAUGCGUCCAAUUCUGGACCAAACAACUUCUUGCCAUCGUAAGGCAACGCCUCUAUACUUCGUUUGACCUCUGCCUCCGCUUGAUAAGUACGCAGGUAGAGUGCUCUUCGUGCCAUAACUAGCGAAGAUGAAAUACGAGAAGUGAGCUGACAGACGUCAGUAGACGCUGUACAGAGAUACUCUACAGCCUCAAUCAUUUGAUUUACCUGAAUUAUCAGGUUUUCGUCAUGUAAAGCAGAUUUGAGUUCUGUAAGCCAUAUUAUGAGCGCCUUAGUGACCCAAAUGCCAACCAAUCCAGGUCUUAGCAUCACACCUGCUGCUACAUACAUGGAUUUUAGCAUAGUUUCUAUCUUACGAUCUGAAGGAUCUUUAAGCGUAGUAGCUGAUGGCACUGGUAUGGUUAAUUUCUUGGUAAGCUUUGACACUGAAGAAUCAACUAUUGGUGGAUUCUCCCAUGUACACGUUACCGAGUCUGGAAACGGAUAACUAGACUUAAAUCUGCGAGGUAUAGAAAACCGUUUAUCUGGAUUCUGUCUUGUUUCUACUAACAUCUGAUUUAGAGAAUCCGACACAGGAAAACUUACUGGCGUCUUCCGUCGUUUAGUAAAUACGACCUGAUCAUUGGUGAGAGGCUGCUCAGCUUCAGGAAACCUUAGCGACUGCCGUACCGCUCUGAUGAGAUCAUCAAUGCCGGAACUGUUAACAUCCUCGCCAUCUGACUCCACUUCGCCCUCCUCCCCCUCAUCGUGUUCCGUGAGGUCUGGGAUGGAAUCGUCAGAAUGCAACAUAGCAGACACUGGAAAAUCAUAAGACAUAUGAAAAUUAUCCCGUUUGCCCAAAAUGGAUUUGGACCGUACGCAAGGCUGAGACGCCUCCGGUAGUUCUGGCGGUCUCACCCUAGACUCAGAUCUUAACGUUUCUCGCUCCAGACGAGCAGCGGUCAUUUCUGUCUGAAAUUUCUCCAGUACAUUUACUAACAUACCCCACGGAGGGUCCGGUGAGGAAAUUGGUUGCAAAACCGGAGCAGAAAUGGUAUUCUGAACGGAAUCCACAAAACAUACGUUACAUGUGGUAGAUGCAUUCGGUAACACACUGCCACAUACUUUGCAAAUAUGCUUUUUAGUUUUUGCUGGUGCCUUACUCAUGGCGACAGACAAUACAAUACACAAAAAACAGACACCUGCACGACUCAGUAAAAUAGCAAUAAGGUGGCUCUGUAUAUAUAUCUGGCCCAGUGCAAUACACGUGGCCAGUACUAAGAAAUUUGAUCCCAAAUUCCCACUAACACCCCUGCGCCUUCCGGUGGUGUAGAGAUGUAAGGCAGGAACGUUCUGGAAUCACAGCAGGAAAACACAGGAAGCAUGUUAAAAAUGUCUGCCCUGCUAACUUAUACAUAUAAUCACCGUGCUGGUACAACUUUCACUGAUUAUACUGUAACAAUCUCCUCUGCUGCUGCAGUAUUUCUCUGCGACAUUAUUAUUGUCCCCCCUGUAAUGGCUGCCUGCUCUUUUAGCUUAUUACAGCGGCAGCGCAGCGUGUGGGCCCCCAGCGGGUAUCGUAGAGCGCUAUGUGCCUCGUGUGUCCCAGCGGUGGCCUCGUGUAUAAUAGCGGCGUCAGCUAAUCAAGGUAGCGCUGCGGCGGGCGGCGGCCUGUAAGAAUCGAUCAGCGGUGCCUGCACGGAGGUCUGUGGCCGAACGUGCGGGCGCCUGAGCGGGGAGAGCCGCGGUGCCCGCACGGAGGUCUGUGGCCGACCGUGCGGGCGCCUGAACGGGGAGAGCCGCGGUGCCUGCACGGAGGUCUGUGGCCGACCGUGCGGGCGCCUGAGCGGGGAGAACCGCGGUCGAACGUGCGGGCGCCUGAGCGGGGAGAGCCGCGGUACCUGCCGGAGGCUGAGAGGGGAGAGCCGCGUAACAAUCCCUCUGCCGUCACCAAGCACUAUGUCCCCACACGUCGGGGCGGCAGCGGGAGCUGACCGCCCCGUUUCACAUACCUUACUCCUGCAGACGUGCGGAGGCUCCGACGGGGCUUUUCAGUAAGCGCCGGCUAGCCAGUGCAGGAGGAUGUGAGGGCUGUGAGGGAGCUCUUUCAGAGAGGCCCGACACGCCCGUGCUGCUAUCAGCAGCUGCACUAUCCCUGACCCUGCCUUUUGGAAGGGGGAAAGGGAUGUGUACAAAUAGUAGAAAAAAUAAAAAUAAAAGUUUCUUCAACAAAACCGUGACUUCAGGUAUUAAGCUGCUACCACGUUCAGCACAGAAAAAACACUGAGUAAGUGCUCAGGGAUAUGGAGGGGUGGAGUGUUACUAAUUUAAAUAUUCAGUGCUGUUUCCUGCGGAAGCCCGUCCAUAUCCCAAGAGUACUCCAGUGACCCCUAGUGGAUGAUAAAGAAAAAUGUAUACCAGGACCCAAAUAUCAGUUUCCAAGUGUUUAAGGUCACGUAACAUAUAUCCUGUCACACGAAGAGGGUUUGGGCAUUUCCAGGCGUAUUAUGUGCUGCAUUGUGCACGAUUGAUUAUGGAAAAAUGUUUCCCAUAGAUUUAAACAAAGUGUUUUCCGGUCGCCAAUCCUAGCACCGGUGCAGGCGCAACGGAUAACCUUGUUAUGUCGGCUUCCCAUACAAAGCUAUCACUGCGAGACAUACAGCAAGGUGCUGCGACCUUAUUGAACCUCAAUUAAUUCUCUAGUGUCUGCCCGACAGAUGGUGUAAAAUAGAACGUUUCCUAUGCUCCUUGCAUCAGUCUGUCACCUUUGUACCCGGCGGGUUCCAGCCUGUGUCACUGCAAUGAUGUGAGCACGCCCAAACACCGUUACUGCAAAGCUCUAAGGAAAUGGAGAUUUAAAAAAGUAAUUCAUGCACAAGGCCGGGUAUUAUUAAGAUUUGCCGGCACAACCACGGCGCACAGCAGCUCUGGGCUGUAAGGGGUUAUACAAUCUUAGUAAUCUUGCCUAUGUAUAAUGUACCUGCAGGCGAUGUCAUGUGUCUCUAAUAAUAUGUGCUUUGAUUAAACCUGAGGGUAGGGCUGUGGGCCCAGCAGUGUACUCUUUCCUACCGCUGAUGUAGGUCUCCCUGCACAGUCCUGAUCAUUAUACGGUGUAAUGCGCAGUGCUCUCUUCCAGUGAUAUCACACCCUGUAUGCUGGCCUUUCUCAGCUGCGACAUCCAGCAUUUAUACAUAUGCUAUAAUAAAAACUAACUGUCA